AUGGGGUCUGGUGUCCUCCUCUCUGUGGCUUCUGCCCUUCUUUACACUGGCCUUGCAGCCGCAGACGCUGUUCGUGCUAUUGACUCAGACUUUGCUGACCCCUGCUUGAUCCAAACAUCCGACGGUUACUAUGCCUUCGCUACUAGCGGAAACAAUGUCAAUGUCCAAGUAGCAUCGUCCUCGGAUUUCUCUUCCUGGGAUCUCAUGUCUGGUACCGAUGCCUUGCCUGGGCCAUUCCCUUCCUGGGUCGCAUCAUCGCCAUCGGUCUGGGCGCCGGACGUGAUUCAGAGGCCAGGAUACGAGCAAGCACUGUGUUGGGGUCGCAACGUCCUCGAGCGUCACCGGUCCCUACACCCCAGCCGACAACGCCAUCGCUUGCCCUCUCGAUCAGGAGGAGCUAUCGACCCUGACGGCUUCAAGGACGGAGAUACCUUCUAUGUGGUCUAUAAGAUUGAUGGGAACAGCCUUGACGGCGACGGCACAACCCACGCCACUCCGAUCAUGCUCCAAGCACUGAACUCGGACGCUGUCACGCCGAACGGUGACCCAACGCAGAUUCUAGACCGUGAUGAUGCAGACGGCCCUCUGAUCGAGGCCCCUAGUCUUGUGAAUGUGGACGGCACUUACUAUCUGUCGUUCUCUUCCAACAUCUACUCGACUCUCAAAUAUGAUGUUAGCUAUGCAACAGCAUCGGCGGUUGGUGGACCUUACACAAAGGUCCAGGCACCCGAUGCCCCUCUGCUUGUCUCUGGAGACCCAAGCAAUGUUGGAGACCUAGGCGGGCCUGGUGGGGCCGACUUCUCCACUGAUGGGUCCAAGAUCGUGUUCCAUGCUUUCGAGAAUGGACAGAACCUUGACAAUGGCCGUGCGAUGUACACUGCUAGUAUUAGUGCCUCGGGCGGUGUUAUUAGCAUCCAGUAA